UAGAGUCAAAUUGUCGUCCCAAAACUUAUUCAGUUUAAUAAAUAAAAAAUAAAUUCACAACUCCGUCAAGAUGAAGAUGCUAAAUUUGCGUUCAAUGGCUCCGGAUUUCGAUACGAUUGCCGUCGUGGCUGGCGGGUUUCGUAAUCUGGCGCUGAGAGACUUGCGUGGCCGUUAUGUGCUGCUGGUCUUUUAUCCCGCAGACUUUUCGUUUGUCUGCCCCACCGAGCUGCAGGCGUUCAGCGAUCGCGCCUUGGAGUUCCGCAAUGUGGGCUGCGAGGUGGUGGCCUGCUCGACGGACAGCCACUUUGUGCACUGCGCCUGGAUGGGCCAGCCGCGCAAGAAGGGCGGCCUGGGGGACAUGGACAUUCCGAUGCUGGCGGACAAGUCCAUGAAGAUAGCCAAGGACUAUGGCGUACUGGAUGAGAAGACGGGUCUGGCCUUGCGCGCCACCUUCAUCAUCGAUCGCGAGGGUCUGGUGCGACAGAUCACUAUCAACGACAAUGGUGUCGGUCGCAGUGUGGACGAGUCAUUGCGUCUUGUACAGGCAUUCCAGUUUAGCGAUGAGUUUGGUCUGGUUUGCCCCGUCAACUGGCGUCUAGGGGCCAAGGGGAUGAAGCCGGACGAAGACGGCAAGGUGGACUAUUUCAAGAAUGCCUCAUAAACAUAGAUACACACAUACACAAUGUAAUCACACGAGUACAGGCAGUUCAAUAAAUGUUACCCUUAAUCCUUAA